CGAGGAGUUCCAGUUGCUACAGUUGCGAUUAAUAAUUCAACAAAUGCAGCAUUAUUAGCAAUACGUCAAUUAGGUUCAUUCAUUCCAGAAUAUUUAGAAAAGAUGCAAGCGUUUAUGGCAAAACAAGAAAAAGAAGUUCUUACAAAAGUCGAAAGAUUAGAUAAAGUUGGAUGGGAAAAUUAUUAA